GGAGGAGGAAUAAUUCUGCAGGCAGCAAUAUUGAUGGGCUACUCCCAGAAGCUUUGUUUUAAUUAAUUUUCAGAGAGCUCCAUGCAGUGGAUCAGGCAGCUCUUUCAAAGCCUCCUCCCCGUGCUCUUGUGCAGGGUCUGGGGCAGGGGGGUGAGCCUGGGAGCCCCAUACUCCUUCGAGCCCCCAGGUUUUUGGUUAAACAGUGCAGAAACUGUUCUGUUUUUAAACAAGGGGGGUUCCCCCUGGCCAAGAGGCCUCUGAUGGCCAUGGUGUGGGCAGGUGAAUUUGUCCCAGCUUUUCUCUUCCCCUUUUUAUUGACUUUGUUCUGGUUCCUGCCAGAGGUCAGUGGGGCGUUGGCUGGACUUUGCCAAAAGUCCACCCCAGGCAUGUGGCUCCCAGGUGCUGACGCAGAGCCCUGCCCUGAGAUACGAGGGGACUGAAGAGCAGCUCUGCAGCCCGGUCGGGUGUGUGGUGGUGAGGCUGGAACGGGGCUGUGCCAGCUCCAAAGCUUUCCCUGAGUAAGCAGGUUUGGGAACCUGAACUGCAUUUGCCCUGUGAGCAGCAAGGUGACAGCAGCAGCCACAGCUCGGUGCUGAAUCCGGGCUGACCCAGCUGACAUGACGGGACCUGUCCCCAUCCAGCACGCCAUGGCGAGUGACACAGAGCCCUCCAACGCCAUCAAACUGCUGCACCUGUUCGUCCUGUCCACCUCCUGGGGAAUGCAGGUCUGGGUGACCUUCGUGGCCGGGUUUGUGAUGAGCAGGCACCUCCCUCGCCACACCUUUGGCUCCAUCCAGCGCGAGCUCUUCCCCUACUACUUCCACAUCAGCUCCACCUGUGCCUUCCUCAGCCUGACCCUGUUUGCCAUGUCCCACCCCAGCGAGCAGCUCAGCCAGGAGCACAAGACCCAGGUAUAUUCCCCCUUCCUCACACACAGCCCCAACCCCUUCCUCUGCUCUUCUGGCUGGCUCGCAAACUGUGGAGACCCAUACACAGUUAAAAGAAGCCCACAAGCACCCAAACUGCAGCAAGCCAGGGGGCCUGGGGGAGAAAUUUAACUCC